UUCUUCUAGAUCAUCCAAUCAAACCUUUAGAUCUAGAAGAAUACACAAAUAACAGCGAGCGCUCACUCAAAGCGUUCAGCACACUCAACGCGCCCAUUCCUAGUAACACUUGGGAUUUUGUGCUGAUAAUUGUGAUAUUGAUACAAAUUGAGAGAAUAAGAAGAUCGAAAAGAAAAUCGAAAAGAAGAUCAAAAGUACUUGAGAAGAAAAAUAAUCCUUUAUUUAACAACUACGAUCGUCAUAAGUGCACGAUGUCAUUUGCACGAGUAUGGAUUAAAAAAACUGGAAAACAGGAGAAUGUUUCAAUUCACGAUCUCGUGCAAUUUGAUGCUUCGCGAUACUAUUCUGAGAAAGAGGACGCACGUUCAAAAUUUGUAUUUUCUGUACGAAGGAAAGAAGGUGGGACAGUAAAAUGCCAAGUUCUGGCAAUUGCAGAAACUUUAAAGGAGUUAAAAACAGUUAUCGAGACAAAAAGGGCCAGAAUCCCAAAACUCGUUGAUUCUGCUUUUGAUACCACAGAGGAUGAAAAUUCUGAAAAAGAAUAUGGUCUUGAAAAAGACAGCUGCAAAUCAAAACAUAAGAAGAAGGAUGCAAGUUCUAAACAAUCAAAAAAUGAUAAAGAAGCAACGAUAGCUUUUUUGAGGAAGGAAAUAUCGGAUAGCUGUAGUCAAGCUUCUGUUUUUUAUAAGCAGCCCAACGUACAAAAAGGAAAAAAAGUUCAAGACGUAUUGUUUAAAAAUUCAAAAAAAACAUCUAGCGAUGAUUCGGACAAAGAUAGUGAUAAAAAUUCAGUUGAAAGUGCAGACUUUAACGAACAUUUAGAUGUAACUACCCAUGCUACAAAUGCGAUCGAGGAAGAAAACAGGAAGUUACGGGAAUUGUUGCAAAAGAACGAUAUAGAAAUACAAGCAGCCAAAUCGGAAAUUUUGAAUUUAAAAAACAAAUACGAUAAUUUGCUGAAAUCCAAUGAGUUUCCUGUAACAGAAAAAACUGCACGCAAACUAAUAGACCUUGUGAAUAUGGCAGUUCCAGAAGUAGCUGAGGCUGUUGAAGCAGCUUCUGGAGCAAAUAUCGUGGACGAAGAAAAUAGUGAAAAAAGGCCACAACUCAACCAAGUUCACCUUGGAAGCGGUAUAAAAUGCAACAAAGUCGCUUAUGAAGACGCACAAAAUGUAUCAGCCCCGGCAAAGUUCGUGUCGAUCAUGAGUGUCGGUAUUUGGGGCUACGAACACUUAUCAAAAAGAUGUGUAAAACAAACGAAGCAUGUGAAAGAUGAUCGAUUAGAAAUGAGCCCUGUAAAAGUGGGAAUUUUAAAAAGCUAUUUUAUAAAGUGGCUAGAAAAGAAUGGUUACCGAGAUAAUUCUAGGCAGCACGAAUUGCAACAAUUGAAUGUUUAUUUAGGUCGUGCCAUUACAGCUGCGCAGAAACAUAUAAAUCUCCCAUUAAACCAAAGAAAACGUAAAAUAUCCUUUACCGAAGGAAAUGAGGAAAACUUCUCUAAAGUGACUAUUCUUACAGAUUAAUUUCUCAAUUCGUUUUUUGAAGUAGUAGAAGAUCGAGAUAGAAAUUACUUAACUAUUAUUCUAUCAAAGGAGUACACGGAUACCCAUUUCAUUUGUGAAACAAUUUUUUAUGUUCUAGUGAUCCUAGCAGUAUAAAAUUUUACAAGUUAACAUUUUUUAACUAGUUUAAUUUUUUUCAAAAACUUUUAGAUGACUGUGCCUCAAACAAUGAAGUUUUAUUUUGAGUUAACUAGUUUUUAAAUAAGGGUUAAGUACGUUUAUUCAUAUGUAUAAGUAAAAUUGUUACUUAAGCCUAAACUUAAUUAUUGUAUUACACAAAAACUAUAUUUUUUUUUUGAAACACGAGUUAUCAAUGUUUGUGUUUGUAUCUUUAAAGGGAGUCUAAAUCUAAUAUUACAAUGGCGCUGUGGUCAAGUAAUUACAUAUAUAUUUUGUUGCAAUUAAAGCAUAUAAAAAGCGAACGUAAUCUAUUAAAUAUAUAUAUAUAUAUAUAUGUAUA